AUGACCGUGUCCAAGUAUGUCCCCAUCGGACAACACAUUUGUUUCUUAAUUGCCAUUUUGGCUAAUUCUCUGCUACUAUAUCUCAUAAAAAUCCGCGCUGGAACUGCAUUUGGAAGAUAUCGAAUCAUGAUGAUUUGCUUCUCGGUCUACUCCGUUUUCUAUGCCACUGUGGAGACAUUGACAUUACCGGUGAUGCACAUUCAUGGCUCUGGAAUCUUGUUCUAUGUGAAUAGUUUUCUGAAGAAUGAUUUGUUAUGGGGAGUGGUGAUUACUAUCGCCUACUGUGCGUGCUUUGCAUUCUGUAUCUCCACAUUGGCCACUCAUUUUGUUUUCCGAUAUAUUGCGGUUUGUAAAAGCACUAAACUCUACUACUUCGAUGGCUAUAAACUCUACUUAUGGUUCCUUCCUCCUCUUGUUAUGUUCGGUGCCUGGGCUACUACAAUAAUAUUUAUUUAUGUUCCGAAUCCAGAAACCCGAGACUUCUUCAGAAAUAUGACAAGAGAAGUGUACGAGGAGAAUAUCGAUCAGAUUGCUUAUGUUGGCCCAGUGUAUUAUACUUGGGAAAACGGAAAACGUCAGUUUCGACUUCCAGAUUUGCUUGGAUCACUGGUGAUCUGCAAUAUUAUUGGACUUUCCUUCACCACUUGUAUCAUUUGUGCCUAUAAAACUUACAAAAAGCUUAAUGACUUCUCUACCCAAAUGAGCAAUCGAACACGUGCUCUCAACAAACAACUAUUCUGGACACUCGGACUCCAGACCCUUCUUCCCUGCUUCACUCAAUACAUGCCUGUUGGACUACUAUUCAUUCUCCCGUUAUUCGAGAUAGAAGUCGGAAAAGUUGGGAAUAUUGUUGGAGUCACUUGCUGUUUGUACCCUGCUAUGGACCCGUUGAUUGCAAUUUUUAUGAUUGAUCGAUUCCGAAAUUGUGUUUUCAGAAAGGACAAUCAAUCGAAAACUAGAAGUGGAAGGGUGCUGCACAUUCAAGGGUCUGGUAUCUUGUUUUAUGUGAAUAGUGUACUCAAGGAGAAUGUGAAAUGGGGGGUUGUGAUAAUAACACUAUACUGCGGCUCAUUUGCAUUUUGUAUCUCAACACUGGCCACUCAUUUUAUUUAUCGAUAUAUUGCGGUUUGUAGAAGCAUCAAACUCUACUACUUUGACGGAUAUAAACUCUAUUUAUGGUUCAUUCCUCCUCUCUUCUUGUUCAGUGUCUGGGCUACUGCGAUCCAAUUUAUCUAUGUUCCAAAUCCAGAAACCCGAGACUUCUUUAGAAAUAUGACAAGAGAAGUGUACGAGGAGAAUAUCGAUCAGAUUGCUUAUGUUGGUCCAGUGUAUUAUACUUGGGAAAACGGAAAACGUCAGUUUCGACUUCCAGACUUGCUUGGAGGUCUUUUGAUCUGCAAUAUUAUUGGUCUUUCCUUCACCACUUGUAUCAUUUGUGCCUAUAAAACAUACAAAAAACUCAAUGACUUCUCCACCCAAAUGAGUAAUCGAACACGUGCCCUCAACAAACAACUAUUCUGGACACUAGGACUGCAGACCCUUCUUCCCUGCUUCACUCAAUACAUGCCUGUUGGACUACUAUUCAUUCUCCCGUUAUUCGAGAUAGAAGUGGGAAAAGUUGGGAAUAUUGUUGGAGUCACCUGCUGUUUGUACCCUGCUAUGGACCCAUUUAUUGCCAUGUUUAUGAUUGAUCGAUUCCGGAAUUGGCUGUUUCGAAAGGAGUCUCCAUCGGCAGCUAGAAGUGGGGCGAAGGUGUAUGCACACACUUUUGACAGACAUUCUUCUAAUAAAUGA